CUAGCUUAUGAAACAUGUCUUUGAGCCAGCUUUUCACAAGCUGGAAACUGCCCUCCGCAGCCUUGACAUUGUUUAAAGCAUUACCUGCAUUAAAUAAUCAGCCUGUCAGGUUUGCAGCUAAAAAGGCGGGAGGCACAGUGCGAAACCCAAUUGGUAAAACAAAAAGAAAACACAGAGGCAUUAAAGCUCAUGAUGGACAGUUUGUUCACAAGGGCUCUGUGAUUGCUACACAGUACGGCAUCAGGUUCUAUCCAGGAGAGAAUGUUACAAUGGAUAAUGACUGGACCCUGCGAGCAGCUUACGAUGGUAUUGUUGUACAUACAAGUGAGGUACUGAAUCCUUACCCUGACAGCCCUCUUUAUGAUCCAGUACAGAAAGGGGCAGUAAUUCACAAACAAUUCUUCCACAUUAUACCUACUCCUCUGCAUGGAAAAUUUUAACUCGUAUCAGAAACAUAAUUGUUCUUGUGUAAUAUAAAAAAUUAAAACAAGAUCCUCCUUGA